AUGAUGACAGCAGUUCAAAACAAUUCAAAAUCCAUCGCCAAAAGCUACUCUACGCUGGCAUCCAAUGCAAAGAAAAUUAAAGAACACAACAAAUCGGAAUUGGAUUUGUCAUCCUUUACUCCCGACUAUAUUAGAAACUUUUGCAUUAUUGCACAUAUUGACCACGGAAAGAGUACCCUCGCGGAUUAUUUACUGAAAGAAACCAAAACUAUUACUCCCGAGAUUUUGAAAGAUAAUGCCCAAUUUCUUGAUAGACUGCAAGUAGAGCGAGAGCGAGGAAUUACAGUGAAGGCUCAGUCUUGCGCCAUGUUUUAUGAAUAUAAAGGAAAGAAGUAUUUAUUGAAUUUAAUUGAUACACCAGGUCACGUUGAUUUCAGCUAUGAAGUCAGUAGAAGUAUGGGUGCUUGCGAUGGAGCUCUAUUGCUCGUGGAUUCAGGGCAAGGCGUUCAAGCUCAAACGCUGGCAAAUUAUUUCCUUGCAUUGGAAGAAAAUCUUGAAAUUAUUCCAAUAAUUACAAAAAUUGAUCAGCAAACAGCUCAGCCAGAAGUUGUUGAAAAGGAGAUGACAGGAAUAUUAGGAGUUGAAAAGGAAGAUAUUCUCAGAGUGAGUGCAAAAUCUGGUUUAAAUUGUGAAAAGAUUAUUCCUGCAGUUAUUGAAAAAAUUCCACCGCCCUCACCUCCAAAAAGUAAAGAGGGAGAAACACCAGGAGCUCUUAAGGCUCUAAUUUUUGAUUCCUGGUAUGACGAAUAUUUUGGAGCUGUAGCUCUUGUAUAUAUUGCUCAAGGGAGUGUUGAAGUCGGGGAUUUUAUCUAUUCCUCAGCAAAUGUCAAAACCUCUGCUAGGCCUCUAAAAUAUCAAGUCACCAAGUUAGGAAUUUUGAAUCCAGACCAAGUACCGGUGGACAAAUUGUUUCAAGGCCAAGUUGGAUAUUUGGUGUGUGGUAUGAAGAGCACAAAGGAGGCUCAAAUUGGUGACACUCUGUAUUUAUGUGAUUCAAAGAUUGAACCUUUGCCUGGAUUUAAGCAAGCAAAACCUAUGGUCUAUGCGGGCAUCUAUCCUUUGGAGACUGCUGAAUUUGAUAAAUUACGAGAUGUGAUUGAUAAGCUACUUUUAACAGACAGAAGCGUUACUAUUGAAAAAGAGACAAGCGCUGCCCUAGGUACAGGUUUUAGAUGUGGUUUUUUAGGCCUUUUGCAUAUGGAUGUGUUCAAGCAACGUUUGGCCCAAGAGUUUACAAUUGAGACGAUUAUUACGGCUCCCACAGUGACGUAUAAAGUAGUAAUGCCAUCGUCAGGCAAGAGAACUAGCUACAAUACGACAGAGGAUCAAAUUACAGAAUACAUUGACAACCCUAACGAUUUUCCAGAACAUCCGGAGGCUCAAGUUUAUGAGCCAAUAGCAAAUUGCACAAUUAUGACUCCAAAAGAAUUUGUUGGAGAUAUCAUUUCACUUUGUCAAGAUAGACGAGGAGUUCAAGUGGGUGUUGAAUAUUUCUCAAGCGAAAGAGUUUCUCUGCAGUAUAAGAUACCUCUGAACGAAAUGAUUUACGACUUUUUCGAUAAACUAAAAUCAAUGACAAAGGGUUAUGCAACCCUUGACUAUGAAGAAGCCGGAUUCCAAUUGUCUGAUGUGGUUAAAUUGACGGUCAUGUUAAAUAAGGAUCCUGUGGAUGCUCUCUCUUAUAUUGUACAUGAAAGUAAGGCCUAUCCUAAAGCGAGAGAGGUUGUUCAAAAAUUGAAAAAACUCAUUUCAAGACAGCUUUUCGAAGUUAAUAUUCAGUGUGCAGUUGGACUUAAAAUUAUUGCCAGUGAAAAGCUUAAAGCCUUUAGAAAGAAUGUGACAGCCAAGUGUUAUGGUGGUGACAUUACUAGAAAGAGAAAGCUAUUAGAAAAGCAGAAGGAGGGUAAGAAGAAGAUGAAACAACUCGGAUCUGUUUCAGUUCCCCAAGAUGCCUUCACAGUUUUGUUCUCUGAGGGAGAUGUGGAGGAUGUUAAUGAAGAUUAA